CAGAGCUAGUAAGAUCCUGUCUCACAAGAAAAAGGGAGAGAGAGGGAAGGAAGGAAGGAAGGAAGGAAGGAAGGAAGGAAGGAAGGAAGGAAGGAAGCUAGGUGUGAAGUGAUAUUCAAGACAUAAAAGUCAGAUUUUUGUGACUUUAGAAUCUAAUUGAACAAACAGGGCACAUUUGUAAAAGUAAACAAUUACCCAUUAAGGGACUCUUCUCAUGUGAAGAUGAGGCCACGUUAGUUGAGUUUGUCAGAGGAAGACUGACAGGAAUGGAAGACCAGAAGGAGGAGGGCUGUGGUGGCUGCCACAGCAGCUGUAGAAACUGUGUGCAGCUUGGAGAAAUGGCACAGUGACAGGCAGGAUAGCUGGAGACCACAAGAGCCACCAGGAGCCUUUUUUUGACUGUGGCAGCAUCCUUCCCCAGGGAAAGCCAUUGUCCCAAAGCCAACACCGAGGAGUACUUUUAAACCACAGCCGGCUGUUGUUUGCUCUCCUCUGCCCCAACUGCCUGUCUUCAGGGUGACUUUGGAAAGACUGAAGGAGAAGGGUUGUGGAGACCUCCCUUGCUGGCAGACUCCCGACUCCGUCAUAGAUCCAAUGCUUUCCGUGUCACUAUGCUGAAGGUGCCCAGACUACGUCCUGGACCUCUUCCCGAGCCCUUGCUGCCUUUUCCUUCAUUCUCAGAUCAAGAAUGACCCAGAAGAACUCGAAGCUUUGCUCCAGAGCCAAUGUGUAUACCCAAGUGCCUGAUGGAGGGUGGGGCUGGGCAGUAGCUGUGUCUUUUUUCUUCGUUGAAGUCUUUACCUAUGGCAUCAUUAAGUCAUUUGGUGUCUUCUUUAAUGACUUAAUGGACAGUUUUGAUGAAUCCAACAGCAGGAUCUCAUGGAUAAUAUCGAUAUGUGUGUUUGUAUUAACAUUUACAGCUCCCCUCUCCACAGUCCUGAGCAACCGCUUCGGACAUCGGCUGGUGGUGAUGGCAGGCGGGUUGCUGAUCAGCGUGGGAAUGGUUGCCGCCUCCUUCUCCCAAAGGGUCUACCACAUGUACAUCUCCAUAGGGGUCGUCUCCGGUUUGGGGUACUGCUUUAGUUUCCUCCCAACUGUGACCAUUCUGUCGCAGUACUUUGACAAAAGGCGUUCUGUAGUCACCGCGGUCGCUUCUACAGGAGAGUGCUUCGCGGUGUUUGCUUUUGCACCAGCCAUCACGGCUCUGAAGGAGCAUAUCGGCUGGAGAUACAGCCUCCUCUUCGUGGGUCUUCUGCAGCUAAACAUCACGGUCUGUGGCGCCUUGCUAAGACCGAUUAUUAUCAAAGGGCCAGGGUCGCCGAAAGCAAUCACUCUGGAGCCCCGCAGAGAAGUUCAGUAUAUGCUUGAAAACGAGAAAACACGGACCUCAAUAGACUCCAUCGACUCAGGAGUAGAACUAACUACCUCACCGAAAAAUGUGCCUAGCGAAGCUAAGACGGAACAGGAAGCCCGGGCCGAGCAACAGCAGACGCUGGUGGCGGGCCCCAAGCACAGCCAGAAGAAAGCUCCGCUGCUGGACUUCUCCGUCUUGAAAGAGAAGAGCUUCAUCUGUUACGCGCUGUUCGGCCUCUUCGCCACCCUGGGCUUCUUUGCACCUUCGCUGUACAUCAUCCCUUUGGGUAUCAGUCUAGGCAUUGACCCUGACCGAGCCGCAUUUUUAUUGUCUACCAUGGCCAUCGCAGAAGUGUUCGGAAGGAUCGGGGCAGGGUUCGUCCUCAACAGGGAGCCCAUUCGCAAGAUCUACAUCGAACUCAUAUGCGUCAUUUUACUGACGGUGUCUCUGUUCGCCUUCACUUUCGCUACCGAGUUCUGGGGCCUCAUGUUGUGUAGUGUGUUUUUUGGCAGUAUGGUUGGGACCAUAGGAGGGACCCACAUCCCCAUGCUGGCCGAGGAUGACGUCAUCGGGAUCGAGAAGAUGUCAUCUGCGGCUGGAGUCUAUGUCUUCAUUCAGAGCAUUUCGGGGCUUGCCGGACCACCCCUGGCAGGCCUGCUGGUUGACCAGAGCAAGAUAUACAGCAGGGCCUUCUACUCCUGUGCAGCAGGCAUGUCACUGGCUGCUGUGUGCCUCGCCCUGGUAAGACCGUGUAAAAAGGGCCUGUGCCAGCAUUCUCAUUCAGGUGACUACCAGACAGACAGGCAUCGUGGGAAGGCAUUACAGGACAUACCGGAGGACUUUCUGGAAAUGGAUCUUGGGAAAUGUGAGCACAAGGCUCAUAUGAAAAUGGAUCCUGUGUGACACAUUUUCAUGUCGUAGCUUCUAUGUCGCCUGGGAAUGGAGCCCCUGGGGAUACAGGGAGGGGUAGGCGCAAACUGUAGACCCCCACCUUCAAAACUGCAUGAAGGCCAUGCCUGUGGACAGCAGGGCCAGCAGCUGUCUCCUCCCCUCCAGUCCCUUUUGCUUGUUCUUUAAGCCAAAACCAAAACAACCAAACACUUUCCAUACGGGAAUCCAGCCUUGUUCUGUAGCAAUACAAACCCAAGAGGAAGGACCUGGUUGACAUUCCAACACGAAAGCAACGCCAGGAACUGACAAAGUUAAAGCACUCAUUCCUAUGACAAACUACUAUUUUAUAAGGUGACACCCAGCCCAAGUCACAGAAAUGAAUUGGCCAUUCCAAAAUGACAAAAAAGAAAAAAAAAACCCACAAUCUUGAACCAUUAAAGACAUUGCUGCCGGGCGGUGGUGGCGCACGCCUUUAAUCCCAGCACUUGGGAGGCAGAGGCAGGCGGAUUUCUGAGU